GUGUCGGCCCCAGACGCCGCCGCCAAGAAGAAGGCCAGGGGAGCGGGCACGGACAAGGACGCAGGCACAGGCAGGAUGAUGCACAUCAUGGCCCGCCUGGUCCUCCGCAGUUCGCGCGAGGUCGCCGAGGUGUGCGCCGCGACGUAUUUGAAGUACGAGGCCGAGUCUGGCCAGGGGCUGGUGGCAGUGUGUGUUCAGGCCGGCAAGGCCUACGAAGAGGAUUCCAAGGCGCUGCGCACCAAGUCGCAGAAGAGCGAUACGGUGAACCAUCAUGCACGUGGCCCUCCACACCUCCCGACCCUGAUGGCAGCGUGCCACUACGGCGCCACGAAGACGAUCCCCGAAUGCGACAACGAGACCAAUAAGAAGGAGCUCCAGGUGCUGAAGACGCAGAUGCACGACCCCUGGGAGGAGAAGCUGCACACGGUCAACCAGACCGACCUGCACCGCGCCGUUCCGUACUUUAGGGUGCGCCCGCACAGGAAGAAGGAGUCCGAGAGCCAGACGGCGACAAUCUUGCGCAAGGUCGACACGGGCGUGAAGCUCGG